AUGUUGUCUUGUCGAGGCCGCAAAAAUGUUGCUGGGCUAGAACGUCCAUGGCGAUUCGCCCCUACACAAACCUACAAUCCAGAUACAAACCCUUCAGGGCUCAUUUCGUUCGGUUUGGCUGAAAAUGCACCAAUGAGAGCAGAUAUCGCCAAUUACAUCAAUGAAAAGGUCAUCUUCACCACAGACUCCGUCAGUUACCGUUCCAGUGCAAGUAUAAAUGCAAGGCUACCGAUAGCCACCGCUGCCCAUCUGAACAGGAUCCUGGGGGCUCAUACGCCUAUUCAGCCCGAUCAUGUCCUCGUUGCUGACUCCGCUACUUCAUUGGGUAACAUGCUUGGACGCAAUCUGGCCGAGACUGGAGACGCUAUUCUGGUUAGCCGACCAAUGUAUGGUCGAUUCGAGCUGGACUAUGGUGUCGAAGCGGAUGUUGAGAUCGUCUAUGCUGACACGACGAUUGAUGAAGGCUUCACGCCAAAUGUGGUGGAGAAGUACGAAAUAGCUUUAGCGGAGGCUGAGGAGCGAGGUGUGAGGAUUCGUGCAGUGCUAGUUGUCAAUCCACACAACCCUGUUGGACGAUGCUACCCAGCCGAUAUAUUAAAGGCAACUGCUCAAUUCUGUGCUAAACAUAGCAUUCACCUCAUCAGUGAUGAAAUCUAUGCUUCAUGUGUGUUUGCCUCGGGUGAUCCGGAGGCCGUGCCGUUCACAUCUAUUCUGGCAUUGAAUCUGGGAAAAAUAAUCGAUCCUAACCUUGUCCAUGUCUUAUAUGGGUUUAGCAAGGACUUUGCAUCUGGUGGUCUGCACCUUGGCUUCUUGGUAACGCAAAAUAAGCAACUUCGUCAUGCAUGCAAAAUGAUACUGCGACUCCAUAGCCCCUCUCAGGCUGCUAUUACUAUUGGGACCACUAUUCUGGAAGAUCAAGACUUUGUCUCAAGCUUUACAGCCAAAUCACGAAACAGUCUAGCAGCAGGGUACCGGCUUGUCACGUCAUUUUUGGACCAGGAGGGUAUUGAAUAUGCGAAGGGAGGAAAUGCCGGCUUCUUUGUAUAUGUUAAUUUCUCUUCUUUUCUCCUGAAAGAUGACUCCCCCACUCAGACACAGGAGUUUAAGUUAGCGCAGAAAUUUCUCGAUGAAGGUGUCUUCCUUCAUCCUGGUGAGGAACAUGGGAAGGAUGUGGGGUGGUUUCGUUUGGUAUAUUCGCAUGAUGAACUCACUUUAAGGGAAGGGCUUAGGAGACUGCUGGGUGCGCUACAACGGACUAAUAGAUGA